AUACAUCAGGCGAUUCAGCUGUUUGUCGCCCGAGUUUGAUCGAUGGAUGAGAAGAAAUGGGAAAAUCUUCCCGAUCACAUAGUAGUAGGGAUCUUGUCUUUUCUGGGACUUUCCGACAGGUUAACCGCUUCGCUCGCGUGUAAACAGUGGCGAGAAUGUUUCGGUUCGCCGGUGUUAUGGCAUACGUUCCAUUUCAAAUUCUUUGAUUUAAAGGAGUUCAAGUAUACAAAAUGCCUGGAGAACCAUGGUCAUUAUCUAAGAACCGUGGAGAUUCAUUGUAAGCAAGAGGAUAAAAUCAACAGAGAAAGUGCUUGUACACUUAUCCUUAUGUUAAGCGGCAUGAAAGAGCGAAGGCUCGAAAGGUUUACUGUCAAGUUUCUGGGAGAGAAUCCUUUGUUCUACGCAGGACAAGAAUUCAUCGAGUGUUUACGAGUUUUGUUCGACAAACCCAGCGAGGAUGUCAAAGUGCUCUCGACUUUGAAGUCCGUGGAUCUAAGCAAACUUCCGAUCGCCUACAGCGACAAUUUAAUUAACUGCUUGGUGGAAAAUAAUCGCGACUUAGAGUCACUGAAUAUUCAAAAUGCGGCUCUUGUUUGCAAAGUCACUUCCGGUUGUAUAGAGAAUGUUCUUAAGAGGUGUCGGAAGAUAAAGUCCCUCGCGCUUCAUCAUACCAGCGUCACGGAAGAAAUAUUGUUAUCUCUCACUGAAGAGAACCGGGCUCCCCUCAGUCACCUCUCUAUCGACUGUAGACGAGAGGAAAAAUUUGGAAAAGACAUAACAUCAGAAACGUGGGAAGUCGUUAGGAGGAAGAUUCCGAACUUGCGUGUCACGCUAGCUUUCGACACUUCCUGUCCGAUGUACAAGGUAGAUAUGAUUUUAAAGCCCGAAGUUCCGGUGAAAAAUCUUCGCCUGGAAGUCAUGUCCGAAGUUAUUGACCAAGUGUAUUUUGCUGCGAUGAACUACAGUAAAACUUUGGAAAAUUUAUCGAUUAGCACUACAAGCAGCGAGGAACUCGAAAAGGCGUUGUUAUACCUUGUCACGAGGUGUGAGAGACUAAAAGAGCUAUUUGUGUUUCAGUGUUACAUUUCGCAAGACACGAAACAAAAGAUUCUGGAACUUCGCCCUCAACUGCAAAAAUACUAUAUCAAGAGUAAGCAGCAGCCAACGAAUUGAGCAGAACUGCGAGUCCCGGCCGAACUGGAGGUAGAGCUCUUUUCGUAACAAAAUAAUUUUAAAAAAUUCAGAUAUUAUCGAAUUUCUCUGAUAGUUAUCAGUUCAGAUUUGACUCUUUCACUCCCAAGAUCUCGAUUUAUGUUCUCUUUAUUCUCAUUUCUUAAAACUCUUUCGCUAAGAUUUGGAAUUCAAAUCAAACAAAGUUCACUUGAUGUUUUCGCCUUUCUGCUCGGCAAUGUACGGAUAUCGAGGCUAUUUGUCAAGACUGUGCUAUGAAAGGAUUUCUUUAACUUUAAAACAUCAUUCCUGCUUUUGGGUUGGAUGUUUAUGCUUGUAGUCUAAAAAGAGACAAGUUCAAGAAAGGCAAAAGGGUGUCAGAACCCAACAGUACACGCCCAGUCACAUAGUCAGGGAGUGUCGUCCCCUUCUGACUCAGGGGUAUUGAAUUGGGUUGGAAAAAUGGCUUCAAAUAUAGAAUCUCUUCAGUAGUAAGAGGAUGGUGAAAUACUAAGGUUUCUCCUGUUUUUGAGCUCUAUUUACCACGUGGCAAUGUUGAGUGGGGUUGUAAGUUACACAUUGUAACUAAUAGGUCAAAAUAUUAAUUGUUCUAUUUUGUGGUUUAAUGAGCUGUUUUCAAAUCGUGCUAAAUGAGGUCCAAGCAAUAGGUUUUCACUAGAUCCUUAAUUUCAUGUUGGAAAUUAGAAUCUCACUGUUUCUUGUCAA